AUGGUUCGUCAGCUGCAUGACGGUAUGAUGGCGCGAGUCACGGACAAGGGAGCUGUCUCAGAAGCAUUCGCAGCAAGCAACGGAGUGAAGCAGGGAUGCGUGCUGGCGCCUACCCUCUUCAGUCUUAUGUGCUCUGUCAUGUUGAAGGACGCAUACCGCGACGAAUGCCCCGGGAUUCGCAUUGUCUAUAGGACGGACGGUCACCUCCUGAAUCAACGACGUAUGCACUUCCAAUCACGCGUGUCCACAACCACCGUUCACGAACUCUUCUUUGCCGACGACUGCGCCCUUAACACAACAUCGGAUGAGGAGAUGCAAUGGAGCAUGGACCUCUUCUCUGCCGCUUGCGAGAAUUUCGGUCUGGUCAUCAACACGCAGAAGACGGUGGUCAUGCAUCAACCGCCACUCAAGACAGCCAUUCCUCCCAACAUGCUGCCACCACCAAACAGUGUAAAGCGGACCCAAUUGCAAGUGGUGGAUAACUCCCAGUUCCUGGGCAGUACCCUUUCCCGCAACACCAAAAUCGAUGACGAAGUCACCCGCAGGAUCUCGAAAGCCAGUCAAGCCUUCGGCCGCCUCCAAAGCACAGUUGGGAAUCGCCAUGGUCUCCAAAUGAGCACGAAACUGAAGAUGUACAAGGCCGUCAUGCUCCCGACGCUGCUGUGUGGAGCUGAGACUUGGACAGUGUACACGAGGCAGGCACGACGACUGAAUCACUUCCACCUCAGUUGUCUUCGUCGCAUCCUGUGGCUUAGCUGGCAGGAUCGAAUCCCCACACUGAUGUCCUGGAACGGAUGGGAAUCAUCAGCAUCUACACCAUGCUGA